AUGCCGCCGCGCCAUUUCCCACGCUUUGCCGCGUCGCCGCGCGCUGGCGGCGGCUUCUUGGUGGACGCGCCGAGGCCCAGCCAAAGCUCGCGACAGCGGGCGCCGUCCCCGCAGCCACGCAGCUCGGGGCAGCCGCUUGCCAGCGAGCAGCCGGGUCCAGCCAUGGGUCCAGAAUCCCUGGCACGCGCAACGAUGGAGGGCCUGGCGGAGGCGGCCAUGGACUACCAGGGAUAUGAGGCUCGGCCUGGCGGACUGUACCAGCACCUGCGCGCGCAACCUGCAGCAGCGGCGAGCCCCGACGAGCACGGCAGGGCAGGCGGCAGCGCCGGGGCAGCAAGGCGGCAGACGCCGCUGAAACACGCGCCAGCAGCCUUGGCUGUUGGGCUGAUGAGCAGCCAAACGCAGCUUGAGGACUGCAGGGCGGGGCACGCAAUUGGGGUUGCGAUGCCAACCACCUUUCGAGCCGCCAGAAGCAUCAGACACGGCACGUGGCGCCAUGACGGAACAGACUUUAGUAGCGGCGCUGCGAUGCAGACGCUUGAGGCAGGCCAUAACCAUGGCAGCGAGCAGGGCUGGCGCAGCGGCGGCGGGAGCUGCAGGGCCAUGAGUGCCCCUUGCUACAGGCCUGGCAGCCCGGCGCAGCAGCCAGCUGGACACCCAUUGCGGCGGCCAUCGAGCAGCCUGGGGCACGCUUCAGGUGGCAGUGGGAGCCGCGACCAUCUCGGCAGCCCCUCAGAAGCAGAAGAAAAUACAGCUGGCAGCGCCUGCACUGGCGCCGGCGCCGACGCCAGCAGCUUCAUGGCAGUGCAGCUGGCGGAAAGGGCUGCUGUCGCAGGAGCCCGUCAUGCAGCAGGGGCGCGUGCCGCUGCUGACCCGCGCAGCGGCUGGUUCUCAACAGAAUCUGUUGAGCUGCUGCGCCUGAAUCGCGACCGCGCCAGGGCGGCGGCGGCCGCUGCAGGCGGCGGCAUCGUCUUCGUGCCUCGGCCCGGCGCCAUGCACGACAAGCGCUCGGCGCGUGUGGCUGGCGGCAGGCCACAACCCGCAGGAAGCCGGGAAGAUGGAGAGGCUUCAGCAAGCAUCGUGGGGGAUGCAAGGCACCGCUGGGGGGCACCGCAGUGGGAGGCACAGUCCUGGGCGGAGACACCAGUCCCGCCACCGCAGCAGCAGGGGCAGCAACAGUGGCAGCUGCACCUACAGCCACCUGCUGGGAUUGGAGAUGACUGCGACUGCGGGCCACCUGAAUGCGGCAGCCCAGUUGACGGCGGCGGGCCAGGGCAGUGGGCUGCAGCGACAGCAGAGGGUGCAGCGUGGUUGAUAGACACUGGCGCACUGUCCGUGGGCUCCGAAACCCACACAGCCGUCCUGACCGCUGCCGCCAGCGCCCAGGCCGCGGCGGCACCCGCCGCCCACCCGCGCCGCUGGUGGGAGGCACGCCCCGCGCUCGCGCGCCACGUCGCCCGCCUGCUCUGCAGCGAGCGGGGAGGGGCGCUCGCCACGGCGGCAGCGGGGGGCGCUGGGUCGCAGAGCCUGGACGUCCUGGGGGGCACCCUGCGCGCAGCAACGGGCGCAGCCUGGGACGCCGGCACCUGCAGCCUGCCUGAGGCUGCUGGCCUGCAGGCCUCGCUGGUCAGCAACCAAGAGGAGGAGUGCGAGGCGGCGGAAGCUUGUGCAGCGUCAGUGGCGACAGCCGCUGGUCUAGCGCAGUUGCUGCAUGUUGAGCUGGCAGACCUUGAAGCGGCCGCCAGGGGACAGCGGCGCCGGACAACCCAGCCGGAGGGGGCCCCGCGGCAGCAGCAGCGACAGCAGCAGCAGCAGGCGGCGGCGCGAGCAGCAGGCGAGAUUGAUGGCCACUAUGCCGGGCCUGUGGUGAUGCGGCGGCAGUACAUGCUGCCGGGAGAGCUUGUGCACUGCGCAUGGGUGGGGGAGCUGGCCGCGCGGCCGCUCGCGGCGCGGCAGCAGCAGGUCGAGGCGGAAGCGGCGUCAUUGUCGCUGGCUGCAGGAUGA